CGCUGAUGUACCCGCGAUGCUAACAAUGUAGCUCAGUGUGUUUAUUUUGCUGUCUAGAGAGCAUGGAAACACAGUUAUUUUCGCUGUUUGAAAGAAGUAUUUGUUGUUUUGACGUUUUUUUUGGUCUCCAGCCUGCGUCCUGUCCGUUUUCAUCCGGUGGGAGGUGUUCACCAUCGUUUGGCGAUUGGCGAGGAGGAGCUAGCUGCAGAUGUUGACUCACUGCUAACUGAUGUGGACGAGCAAAAGUUUGUGACAAAAACCAGGAACACGGCGCUUGAGUUGCCGCAGGGGAAGAAAGAAGACACGGCAGAGAUUAUAGCAGUGGAGAAGUACACCUUGGAUUGAAUGGCUGUUCGAGACUGGCUUAGCCUUCAAGUGACGCCCAAACCCCCUUUUUACUUUUGUUUGGCCCUCUCCUCCUUUCACUUUUUCCAGUAAUUCUUUGUUCUGUUUCUGCACCUUUUCUCAGUCUGCCCGCUUUUUCAUUCCCUGUCAAUUUCCUGUUACCUUGUCUGGACUGAGGCUGAAGUCUGUAAAUACUUCAGAAUGGUUGCUGAUGUAGACACAGCAUCUCAGGGCAGUGGUGUACGGCUGAAGCAGGAGAUUUCCCUUCUUCAUGGAGUUUGUCUCAUUGUGGGAAAUAUGAUCGGCUCUGGCAUCUUCGUCUCACCCAAGGGAGUACUUAUGUACACUGGCUCAUUUGGCCUUUCCCUGGUAGUGUGGGCCAUCGGAGGGAUAUUUUCUGUGUUUGGAGCGUUAUGCUACGCUGAGCUAGGUACGACCAUCCGAAAAUCUGGAGCCUCCUACGCCUACAUCCUUGAAGCCUUUGGAAGCUUUCUGGCUUUUAUUCGACUCUGGACGUCCCUGUUGAUAGUAGAACCAGCCUGUCAGGCAGUGAUAGCCCUGACCUUCUCCAACUACCUGGUCCAGCCAUUCUACCCCACCUGUGUAGCACCCUACCAUGCCGUCCGCCUCAUUGCAGCUGUCAUCAUAUGUCUGCUGACUUGUGUGAACUGUAUGAAAGUGAAAUGGGGUGCUAUUCUUCAGGUUAUCUCCACUGUAGCCAAGGUCCUCGCUCUUAUUGUCAUCAUCAUUGCUGGACUGGUUAAGCUGGCACAAGGUUUUGACCAGAACUUUGAGAACUCAUUCAAAGGCUCUAAGUUGAAUCCUGGUGAUAUGGCCUUGGCUCUCUACUCGGCACUUUACUCCUAUUCUGGCUGGGAUACGCUCAACUUCAUUACAGAGGAGAUCAAGAACCCAGAGAGGAAUCUGCCGUUGUCCAUUGCUAUUUCCAUGCCCAUUGUCACAGUGAUCUACAUCUUGACUAAUAUCGCUUACUACAUUGUUAUGGAUGCAGACCAAGUGCUGAACAGCGAAGCUGUUGCUGUGACAUUUGCAGAUGAGGUGCUUGGCUGGGCUCGAUGGCUGAUCCCGCUGUCUGUGGCUAUUUCCUGCUAUGGAGGCCUCAACUCCUCGAUCAUUGCUGCCUCACGGUUGUUUUUUGUUGGUUCCAGAGAAGGCCACCUACCCAAUGUCCUGUGCAUGAUCCACAUUAAGCGCUUCACCCCAAUUCCUGCUUUGCUUUUCAAUGGUGCCAUGGCGCUGUUUUACCUGUCCGUUCCUGACGUUUUCCAGUUGAUCAACUACUUUAGUUUUAAUUACUGGUUGUUUAUCGGCCUGUCGAUAGCCAGCCAGAUCUACCUUCGCUUCAAAGCUCCUGAUCUGCACCGACCUGUGAAGCUCUCUUUGUUUUUUCCAAUAGUCUACUGUUUAUGCAGCGUAUUCCUGGUGGUGGUGCCUCUCUACAGCGACACCAUCAACUCUUUAGUGGGAAUUUCCGUGGCGCUGUCAGGUGCACCAAUCUACUACAUUUGCGUCCACCUGCCACCGAGCUCCAGACCAGCCUUCCUCGGCAAAAUGCUCAAUCAGAUUUCUCUGUGCACCCAAAAACUGUGCAUGUGUUGUGUGGCCUCACCGGAUAUUGAUUUGGACAACUUAGACCCAGAAAAGAUCGAAUGAUGGAGCAACAAAAGACUCUGGGUGAAGCAAUGUAUGGAGGGAUGGAAGAGGACGAUUGAACAGAUAUGGGAAGCUGUGAGCUGCAGACAAUCAGGAUUUGGAUGAGUAUUGCUUGAACGAUUAAAGGAACAAAGAUGGAGAAACUGGAGAGAUGAGCACAAUACACUUUGUGCACGCCUCUUCUCCCACACGCCAUACUGAGUAAAGGAACAGCAUUAUAUUUCAAAUAUAUUGAGAAUUUAUACACUAUUACCCUCAAACGAACAGCACUAUACAGACACACUCUAGUGCACACUUUCACAAGCUAAUACACGAUGCAGUGUUGGUUGUUUAGUUCCCUCCACGAGUGCCCACACACUGCAACUCACACAUGCACAUGAGCUGUUUACAGCUAUGGGUUGGAGUUUAAACUUUUUUUGUAUGGAUAUGGCAGCAACAAAGCUGUGCCCACUAACGCCGUCUUUGGACUUGCUCACAGACCUCAAAGAACAGCUACAAUUUUGCACAUCUUGCGUUUUCCGUUGUCUACCUUCGUUAUACGAGGUGCAAUCAGAAGGUUUUGGGACUGAACCGAUACAUUAAUCAAGAAUGGUACCUUAUUUACGUUUGUCUACCAUCUCCAUCUAAGUGGCCUCCUUGUGCAGUGACUCACUGCUCCAGCUGCUCCUGCUACAUUUGUAAAGUUCCUUUUAAGUCCUGUUAUCUAAACAUGUCAAGUACCAUCUGUCAAAAUGGUAGUCUUUCAGCUUUAAUUUUAUUUUGUGAAAAUGGAAGAGAGCUAAAUCGAGUUAGCAGGCCGAGUGUGCAACAAUGAUUAUGUUGUGGUGGCCAAAAAUCUAAGUGCUAAACACGCAGCCGCAUGCGAUCACAGUUCAAAUCUUUUGCACCAAAUGUUCUCCCUCAGACACCUCUUCGCGGUACCGUAGAGUGCUGCUCUGACAGUCUGACUAAUUAUGUGAUUGUUGAAGAAAAUGCAUUUCCUCCUGGUACGCUCCUGACCUGAUGCAGCUCGCCCUGUCUUAAAGGCUGAAAACAGGCAUUUCUCUUCCUGCUGGUAGCUGCAAACCCACCUAAAGUCACCAGUGGUGGUCAUUGACCUGAAGGUUCGCUCAUCCUCGCUGCUGACUGACUGAACAGGAUGUUUUCUUCUGAUGUCUUCUUCCAACUUCUGAUUUCUGCAUUAAAUGGUUUCCAUGAGUUACUGCUCGCAAAUGUUGCACAUGCCUGUCCUGUGCACACACCACCAACAGUCCCAAAACCUUUUGAUUGCGCCACUUUUUAAGCUUUAUUUUGAUCCGUUACUGAACUGAAGUACUGAAUGUACAAUUUUAGUUUAGUUUUUUAAUUAAUUAGCUACUUUUAAAGAAGGAUGAGAUUAAAAAAAGUGCUAUUAUUUCUUGCAGGUUUUUUGUAUGAAACGUUAGUCCAAUCUUAUUGUGACAUGUCAGUUGGCUUAGUUGAAUAGUUUUAUUGAAGAGAAGUAGUCCUGCUAUAACAACGAUCAAUUUGUCCUGCUAUCCAGACUCUUUGAGUGCAUCUUCAGGGGGUUUUUUUGGGUUCCAGGUGCCUCCUAGUGGUCACUAUUAUUAACUUCCAUUGACAAGCUACAAGAUUUUUCCAAGUGUCAUCUAAGGCUCUGUUUUUAAAGCAUGUAUUUUUGUUAAGACUCUGACUGCUUUUCACCUUGCUGUCUUUUUUUUUAAUUGAUUUACAAACACUAGAAAUGUUGACAGGUAUGAAAACUUACAGAAAUCGAAAGCAGCUCAUUGUUUCUGGUGUAAAUAAUGUACCGGAAAAAGACUCUCUGGGCUACGUUUUUUUUUUCAGAAUGGGAACUUUCUGAUGCAAACCUCAGGAUCAACCAUACUGAUGUGCACAUGUUGUUACUGAUGUUUGUUAUUAUUAUUUUUUUUACCCACUCUUGUCUUAAAAGUUUGUAUCCCAGAUAGGAUGUUUGAUGUAUUGUUGCCUUCUUAAUGUACUACGAACUUUGGACCGUUUGGUCACAAUUCAUGAGCAAAGAUCUUAAACAGACUCAUAGUUGGACCAUCUUUCUGCUCUCCGUAAUGAGCUUGUAGCAAAGCCUCUGCUUUAGAGAAUUAGAGCCGUAGUGUGUUGAACUACAGGUAGAAACGUUGGGGUCUGUGUUGUACUGUUGUCCUCAUGGAUUUGAUGUGCCUUCUGUGAGUGUGAUCUAAAGGCCUUGCCUAGCUUUGAUAUUGUAACUCGGCUUUUGCGUAGAACAUCUUGAGCACAAUCGCUGACACAUUGCUGUACGGUUCGCCAAAUGUUUUUUCAGGUCACCAUCUUUCAUUAGAUUUUUCAAAUUAAUGUGGCCUCACCAGACACGUGUUGUUAUUGAGGUCAGCUGGAAAUAAUCAGGCCUUAUGUUCAAACAAUCCUAUCAAGUGUCUUCACACGAGCACUUCUACAAAACCAGCUACCAGAAGCACACAGACAUUUGCUUUAUACACUCAUUUGUUUACUCUGGGAUCGAGGUGUCAUUUAAACCAAACUAGUUUGUUGUGUGUGUUCUUAAGAAGUAAAUACAAAGACUUUUCAGUACAUUUCCAUAAAUUGCCGUGGUAUGAAGUUAUAAUACUCAGAAAACACAUUAUGUGAAUAUUGCAAUAUAAUGCAAAUUAGCUGUUUCAUUGAUUACCAAAUGUCUGUUUUCUGGUUGUAUUUGACAAAGUUGUGUUUUGUGUACUUGUAGAAACGUGACUUUAGUCCUUGAUUUGUUUAUUGUUUUUAUUUAUUUUUUAGGAUAUGUACAAACCAAAUGGUCACAUACACUCUUCAGCGGAGGGAGUCUUGUAUGACCAGAUGGAGGCAGGAGUGUGUUGUGUGUGUUAUCUGAAUAAAGUGGACUGCAGAAGGUGUAUUGUA